UGUAAGCACAAAUUUCACACUUCUUUUUCCCCAAGAAAGCACCACAAGUUCUUGAUAUUUCCUUUUUCCCUCCCCUCGCCAUCAUAAACCCCUGCAACACACGGGUAGGAGUAGAUAUUGUUGUUAUCCCUGCUCUGCUGUGUACAAUUUCUCCUCUCGUCUUCUUCAACUCCCCUCCUUUUUUCGUUUCCUCGAAGCUCCAAUGGAGAGAGCGGUGCUCUUGCGCUCUCUCUCCUCUUCGUCUUCUUCCUCAACCCUCGCAUCCUCUACCAGAUUGUUCUCUCGCUCCGUCCACCGCCUCGCUCGCCUCCCCAGACGCCACCGUUUGGUCCCCAACGUCCACCAGCGCUCUCUCCUUCGCCGACACCUUGGAUUUAUCUCAGCAGUCUCCCGUCCUUCUCUUCAACUGAGUAGACACUUCUGCUCUCUAUCGGUCCGCGCCGUCGCCACCUCGUCUGUGCAGUCUUCCCCCGAGGUUUUGGGAGCGGAUGAUGACGUGGCGGAGAAGCUUGGGUUCGAGAAGGUAUCGGAUGAAUUUAUUGAGGAGUGUAAAUCUAGAGCGGUGUUGUACAAGCACAAGAAGACUGGGGCUGAGGUCAUGUCGGUGUCCAACGAAGACGAGAACAAAGUCUUCGGCAUUGUUUUCCGGACUCCUCCAAAAGAUUCAACAGGAAUUCCUCACAUUUUGGAGCAUAGUGUAUUAUGUGGUUCAAGGAAGUAUCCCUUGAAAGAACCAUUUGUUGAGUUGUUGAAAGGAAGCUUGCACACAUUUCUGAAUGCUUUCACAUAUCCUGAUAGGACUUGCUAUCCUGUUGCUUCCACAAAUACAAAGGAUUUCUAUAACUUGGUUGAUGUAUACCUGGAUGCAGUCUUUUUCCCUAAAUGUGUGGAAGACAUUAAAACAUUUCAACAAGAAGGUUGGCAUUAUGAACUGAAUGACCCCUCAGAGGACAUAACCUACAAAGGUGUUGUUUUCAAUGAGAUGAAAGGUGUUUAUUCUCAGCCUGAUAGCAUACUAGGCCGAGCUUCCCAACAGGCUCUUUGUCCUGACAAUACGUAUGGCGUUGACAGUGGUGGUGAUCCACAAGUUAUUCCCAAACUAACCUUUGAGGAGUUCAAGGAGUUCCACCGUAAAUAUUACCAUCCUAGCAAUGCCAGGAUAUGGUUUUAUGGAGAUGAUGAUCCAAAUGAGAGGCUACGGAUUUUAAGUGAAUAUCUUGAUAUGUUUGAAGCAAAUUCAGCUGCUGAGGAAUCGAGAGUUGGCUCUCAGAAACUGUUCUCGGAACCAGUUAGGAUUGUUGAAAAAUAUCCUGCUGCUGAAGGGGAUGACCUGAAAAAGAAGCACAUGGUGUGCCUUAAUUGGCUCCUCUCUGAAACACCUCUAGAUUUGGAGACUGAGCUGGCCCUGGGUUUUCUUGACCAUUUAAUGUUGGGAACUCCUGCUUCUCCUUUGAGAAAAAUCCUGCUGGAGAGUGGUCUGGGCGAUGCUCUUGUUGGUGGGGGGGUUGAAGAUGAGCUCCUCCAGCCUCAGUUUAGUAUUGGACUAAAAGGUGUAUCAGAAGAUAACAUUCAAAAAGUGGAAGAAUUGAUCAUGGGUACACUAAAAAAGCUGGCAGAAGAAGGCUUCCAUUCUGACGCUGUAGAAGCAUCAAUGAAUACAAUUGAGUUUUCUCUCAGAGAAAAUAAUACCGGAUCAUUUCCUCGUGGCUUAGCACUGAUGCUUCGGUCCAUUGGGAACUGGAUUUAUGAUAUGGAUCCAUUCGAGCCGUUAAAAUAUCAGGAACCUUUAAAGGCAUUGAAAGCUAGAAUAGCUGAGGAAGGCUCCAAAGCAGUCUUUGCUCCUUUAAUAGAAAAAUUCAUUUUGAAUAACCCACACCGUGUAACUAUUGAGAUGCAGCCAGAUCCAGAGAAGGCUUCUCGAGAUGAAGCAGCUGAGAAAGAAAAUUUGGAAAAGGUGAGAGCUAGCAUGACCCAGGAGGAUCUUGCUGAACUCUCUCGUGCAACACAUGAACUUAAGUUGAAACAGGAGACUCCUGAUCCACCAGAAGCUCUGAAAUGUGUACCAAGCCUUUCUUUACGAGACAUUCCUAAAAAGCCUAUACACGUUCCAACUGAGGUUGGUGAUAUCAAUGGGAUAAAGGUCUUGCAGCAUGAUCUAUUCACAAAUGAUGUUCUAUAUGCUGAAGUUGUUUUCAAUAUGAGAUCUUUGAAGCAAGAGCUUCUUCCAUUGGUACCAUUAUUCUGCCAGUCAUUGCUGGAGAUGGGUACUAAAGAUUUGGAUUUUGUACAACUGAACCAAUUAAUUGGAAGAAAAACUGGUGGGAUAUCAGUAUAUCCUUUCACAUCAUCAGUUCGAGGGAAGGAGGAUCCCUGCAGCCAUAUAAUUGUUCGAGGCAAAGCUAUGUCAGAACGUGUUGAAGAUUUAUUUACCCUGGUCAACUGUGUUCUUCAGGAUGUUCAAUUGACUGACCAGAAGCGUUUUAAGCAGUUUGUUUCUCAAAGCAAAGCAAGAAUGGAGAAUCGAUUAAGAGGCAGUGGACAUAGCAUUGCAGCUGCAAGGAUGGAUGCAAAGCUCAAUGUUGCUGGUUGGAUCUCUGAACAAAUGGGUGGUGUCAGCUACCUGGAAUAUUUACAAGCUCUUGAAAAGAAAGUUGAUGAUGACUGGCCUGAAAUAUCUUCAUCCCUUGAGGAGAUACGCAAGACAUUGAUUUCAAAAAAUGACUGCCUAAUAAAUCUGACUGCUGAUGGGAAAAAUCUGAAGAACUCAGAGAAGCAUGUCAGCACAUUUCUUGAUAUGCUUCCCAACACUUCCCUAGUUGGAUCAACUGCUUGGAAGGCUUGCCUCCCUCCGACUAAUGAGGCUAUUGUGAUCCCUACUCAAGUAAAUUAUGUUGGAAAAGCAGCUAAUCUCUUCGAGACUGGCUAUCAACUUAAAGGCAGUGCAUAUGUGAUCUCCAAAUACUUAAAUAAUACUUGGCUGUGGGAUCGUGUGCGAGUCAGUGGUGGAGCUUAUGGAGGAUUUUGUGAUUUCGACACUCACUCAGGUGUGUUCUCAUACUUGUCUUACAGAGACCCCAAUCUGUUGAAGACACUUGAUGUGUAUGAUGGAACGAGCAACUUCCUGAGAGAACUUGAGAUGGAUGAUGAUGCUCUCACCAAAGCAAUUAUUGGGACUAUUGGAGAUGUUGAUGCCUAUCAGCUUCCUGACGCAAAAGGAUAUAGUAGUUUGUUGAGAUACUUGCUAGGAGUCACUGAGGAAGAGAGGCAAAUCAGACGAGAAGAGAUCUUGUCAACGAGGUUGGAGGACUUCAAGGAAUUUGCUGAUGUUGUUGAGGCAGUUAAGGACAAAGGUGUUGUGGUUGCUGUGGCAUCUCCAGACGACGUUGAUGCUGCGAACGAGUCGCACCCCGACUUCUUUAAGGUGAAGAAGGCACUCUAAGAUAUUGGAAGUGAGUGCAGGAAAUGCAUCUGAUAUGAACUUCACAUUUACACAUCUCCCAGUCCUGUGAUUGUUGGUGGGACCAAAAUGAGAGAAACACGACCUAUAUACGCAUGCAGUGGCAUUUCAUACUUUAAUGGUAGCAUCUUAUCAUCCGGUCAUAGAGUGCUAAAGCAAAUUGACGCCAGGAGUUUAAUUGAAAAUUCAAACAGAGCAUUCUCAUCAGGGCGCUCAUUCACAUGCUUUUCAAACUGAUGCCACUGUGUUGUAUUGGAAUUGUAUUGUAUUUCUUCUCUUCCGAGAGAAAGGAACGGCAAAGUUGCAUUUGUACAAUGCUGGCUGGCGCAUCUUUCAUAUAGAAUUCUUUUCAUGCAUUCUCCCAGUUGUAAAUUUUGCAGGAUUUAGCAACCCACUGAUUGCAUUCAACUUGUCCAAAAA